GUGAAGAACAGAAAAUAAACAAAUUAAAAUAUCAAAGAAAGUCAGUAAUGUUUGUGAAGUUGAUAAUAAUUGCAAUAAUAUGCAGCACCUCAUCAAUUCUCACAUUGUCUGAAGAAACAUCAACAGAAUCGACACCACCAAUAAAUUUAUUACCAGUUCGCGUCUACUAUGAAGCACUUUGCUCCGAUAGUUUGCAAUUCUUUCGCAAUCAAUUGAGUCGAGUUUGGGAGAAGAGGAAAAGCAAUAUUGAUUUAAAGUUGGUGCCCUAUGGGAAAGCUGCGUACUCGUGGAAUCAUAAAAAAUCACAAUGGAAAUUUGUAUGUCAGCAUGGACGUGAGGAAUGCCAAUUAAACAAACUCCAUGCAUGUAUUUUAGAGCAUUCUUCAUUAGAACAAGCUUUUUCAAUCGUGUCGUGUCUGAUGAAAUCGUUUCAAUCAAGUAUUGAUGAGUGUACAGGUGGAUAUGAUUUAAAGCAUGCAAUAGAUUGUUACAAUGGAACAGAAUCAGCUAAGGGAAUUGAGUUACUCAAAGCUCACGGUGACCAAACAAACAAAAUUGAUUUGAGCUUCGUCCCAAGCAUUGAGAUUGACAAUGUUUUUUCACAAGAUGACAACUGGAUGAUGUUGUACACUCUUGACAAACAAAUUUGCAAACGUUAUCAUCAAAAAUAUAACGUUGAACUUGAUAACUGUGAUAUCUACAAGGAAAUUAACUAAUUAAAUUUAUC